ACAACAUCUGCAAUAAAGAUAAUGGAUAUUGUACCUGUGAAUCUGAAUUUUCUGGUAACAAAUGUGAAUCAUGUAUACACGGUUACCAUGGUACUAACUGUCAGUCAACAUGUAUAGUUACUAACUGUAUGGGUAACUGUGACAGGACUACAGGACAAUGUUCUAGCUGUAUACAAGGUUACCAUGGUACUAACUGUAAAACUAGAUGUUCUAGUAACUGUACUGAAGAAUGUAAUAAAUCAACAGGUAGAUGUAUAGAAUGUAUAUCAGGAAUAUUUGGUGAUGAUUGUAAUAAACCAUGUCCUGUUAACUGUAAAGAAACUUGUACCAGGGACGAGGGUAAAUGUGGUGGCUGUAAACCUAUUACAGUUGGUCUAUAUUGUAAUUCUACAUGUGGUGCUGAAUGUCUACCAAUUACAGACGGCACUCGAGAAACAUGUAAUAGAGAUGGUAGGUGUACUGAAUGUAUUGUGGGAAGAUAUGGCGAUGGCUGUGAUUGGAAUUGUAGUACAACAUGUGAUGGCAACUGUAGUAGGAGUAAAGGUAGAUGUACUGAAUGUAUUGUAGGAAGAUAUGGUGAUAGAUGUGAUAAGAACUGUAGUAAAACAUGUGAUGGUAGAUGUGAUAGAACUAAUGGUAAAUGUAGUUUAUGUAUUAAAGGGUACAGUGGAGAUACCUGUGAUAAAGAUUGUAAAGAUAACUGUACUAUUUGUAAUCAAGAUGAUAUCAACAACUGUUCUCAAUGUAUAUAUGGAAAAUAUUAUGGAACAGCAUGUAAUUACACGUGUAGUUUGAACUGUAAACACGGUUCCUGUUAUCAAGAAAACGGAGACUGUUCCGGUGGCUGUGUGGAGGGUAAAAUGGGAAUGGACUGCUCCAAAAAUAAAGAUACAGCUGAUGAAGAAGUUAGUCCAGUUGUAGGUGGUGUUAUUGGUGCUAUAUUUGGUAUUGUUGUUACAUUAGUAAUAUGUAUUACAGUAUAUUGCUAUAUAGUUAAAAGCUGGAGCGGAUGUGAGUUGCGAGGAUGCAGAGAGGAUUCAGUGGACGCUUAACGGAUGAUAACGGACAUGGAACGUUUAAUGCUCGUAUAUGUCGCGCAUUUAUAUCGUACACGGCAGAAAGUUCAUCCGUUAUAACUUUUUGCGCGGAUGAAAUCAAACUGAACGGAUGUUCGAUGGAUAGAGCGUAUGAAACACGUAUGCAAUGAGUACACAACGGAUGCAUGGCGUUUUCAAACGGAGGACACGUUUUUUCCCCGUUUUACAUCCUCUUUGCAUCCGCAAGAGCAGUGGGACCGGGCCUUAACCCUUGUGCCGUCCACAUUUCUAGACAAAAAGUUAUACACAAAUAUCAUUGUGACAAUGACACGGACGGCAUAGAUACUGUUGGCAA